UGGUCAAUUGGCGACGUGAUCAAUGGUCCGGGUGCUACUCGGCAGCGUCGAGCGUUUGCGCAGAAAACCAUUGCGCAUGCCUGCGCGAUGCCAUUGCGCAAGAUUCAAAAUGAGUUCGACUCCAGCUUCUUACGACGGAUAACAAACAUGAAAACUAUUGCACAUGCUUGCGCGGUGUCAUUGCGCAGGAUUCAAAAUGAGUUCGACUCCAGCUUCUUACAACGAACAUGGUGAACUCGAAUUCGUUCUAAAUCUGCGCAAUGGUACCGGUAAUGGUUUUCUGCGCAGACGCUCGAUGCUCGAUGCUGCCAUCUGUCAUAUGUCCAAAGACACCUUUACGGUUGAUUACAAUAGCCCACAUGUUUGUAGUUGCGCGCACCGUCAACUGUGUACCGCCCUGUUUUGGAGAGAUCGAGCAUCGAGCACGCAUAUGAGAAAUUCUACACGCGCUUUUGACGCCGCAUGACUUGUUCGCAGCAGCACGCAUACUAAUUCGACUGCCCGCAAAGCUCCAGCGAACGCUUCGGUGAAUCCAAUCGCCGAGACAGUCUAUCAGAACGUGGGGUAAAAGAGUCGGUAUAAAGCUGAACAGAGCAAUCGUCUGCCACAGCGAGCCAACAUGCAGGAAUCUCAGCCGAAAAAGGGCAAGAAAGCUAGAAGAAAGCGCAAUGAUAGUGACGAAGACAUUGAACAAGUAUUGGCAGAGUUGGCACUGGAAUAUUCUGGAGAGAAAUCAGUUGAUGACAAUAAAAUUGAAGACAAGUCGGAAUCAAAUGAACAAAAGAUUAAUGAUGAAGAUAAAAAGAAAAAAGGGAAAAAGGAUAAGAAGAAGGAAAAGGUUGAAAAGGAUGAUAUUAAAGAUGAAACUACAGACAAUAAUAUAAUAGAACCAGAAUUAAAUGAUACUAAUAUGGACACUGAAGUUAGUACUGUAAAAACAGCGGCGCAAAAGAAAAAGGAAAAGAAAGAAAGGGAAAAGCAAAAAAAAUUAGCUCAAAAGAAAGUUGAAAUUUCUAAGGACGUUAACAAGAAUGCAGAGAAUGGUGAAGCUACAGCCUUUGAUGAGAAAAAAAAUGAUAAAGUGGUAUCUGAAAAGAAGCAGGACAAUGUGGAAGCUGAUGGUGAUGUUGAACCAGAAGAGGGUUCAAAGAAAAAAAAGAAAAAAGCCAAGGAAGAAACUAAAGAGAAAGAGAAAGGCAAAGGUCCUGGGAAGAAAACUAUUGCUGCUAUGCAAGAGGCUUUAAGGAAAUUGAAAGAAGAGGAAGAAAGAUUAAAACGCGAGGAAGAGGAAAGGAUACGGCAAGAGGAAUUACGAGAGCAAGCAAGACUGGAACAAUUACGACUUGAACAGGAGCGUAAAGAGAAGAAGAAAUUGAAAGAAAAACAACGAAAAGAGAGACUCAAGGCAGAAGGAAAGUUUUUAACUACAAAACAAAAGCAGGACAGAGCUAGAGCACAAGCGAUGAUUGAAGCGCUUAAAGCUCAGGGUCUUGACUUGCCAGAUGUAGGAGAAAAAAAGCCUAGACCAGGAACUCGAGUCAGGCCAAACAAAAUGAAACAACAAAGUAGUAUAGAGAAGAAAGAAGAAGAAAAAGUUGAGACACCAGCAGCUCAAGUGCAAGUAGAAAUUAUAGAUGAACCAGUAAAAGAAGUAAACGAGGAAAGGAAGGAAGAAGAUGACGUCAAGGAUUCAUGGGAUGCUGAUACCACUGAAGAUGAACAGGAAGAUGAAGAUAAAUCGGACGAUAUCCUCAAGAUACCCGAAACAGCAGAAGAAACUGUUCGAAAAGUAUCGACUGAAUCGGAAAAGAAAGAAUCUUCCGAAAGUGAAAUAGAAAGCGAAAGUGGGAGUGAAUCUGAAUCUGAAGAAGAUACUGAACAAGACAGUGAGGUAGAGGAUAGAGUGCCAGAUGCCGCACGUAAAAAGGAACGUGCGAAAGAACGAAUUCAAAAUCGUCGUAUAGAAGCUGAAAAGAAGAAAUCUUUGGAUAAUCUGAGAGCUGCCGUAGUCUGUGUCUUAGGCCAUGUAGAUACUGGCAAAACCAAAAUUCUAGAUAAACUUAGGAGAACGAAUGUACAGGAUGGAGAAGCUGGUGGUAUAACUCAACAAAUCGGUGCUACUAAUGUACCGAUUGAAGCUAUCCAAGAUUCGACAAAGCAUGUAAAAGGCUUUGCUGAUAAGAAAUUUAAAAUUCCUGGUCUCUUGAUCAUAGAUACGCCUGGUCACGAAUCAUUUAGUAACCUCAGGAGCAGAGGGUCUUCUCUUUGCGAUAUAGCAAUUUUAGUUGUAGAUAUUAUGCAUGGAUUGGAACCACAAACUCUAGAGAGUAUCAAUUUAUUAAAAACAAAAAAAUGUCCUUUUGUUGUUGCUCUUAAUAAAAUUGACAGGUUAUACGAUUGGCAAACUAUGAGCCGUAAAGAUGUUCAAGAUAUAGUAAAGAAUCAAGCACCUAAUACUCAGCGAGAAUUUGAAAAGCGAUCAAAGGAAGUAAUUGUACAGUUUGCUGAACAAGGUCUCAAUGCGGCAUUGUAUUAUGAGAAUCCAGAUCCUAGGAAUUAUGUAUCAUUAGUUCCUACUAGUGCUAUAACAGGCGAAGGCAUGGGUAAUCUACUGGCGUUAAUAGUCGAUGCCUGUCAGGGUCCUCUAGCUAAGAGAUUGAUGUACAGCGAAGAACUUCAGGCUACUGUAUUGGAGGUUAAAGCAUUGCCUGGACUCGGCACUACAAUAGACUGUAUUCUAGUCAAUGGAAUAUUAAAAGAAGGUGAUACAGUUAUUAUUGCUGGGACAGAUGGGCCUAUUGUAACGCAAAUUCGCUCGCUUCUUAUGCCACAACCAUUAAAGGAAUUAAGAGUUAAGAGUGCUUACAUUGAACAUCGCGAAGUCAAAGCAGCUCAAGGAAUAAAAAUUGCUGCAAAGGACUUGGAGAAAGCCAUUGCUGGAUUAAAUUUGCAAGUUGCACAAAAGCCAGAUGAAGUGGAUGUAUUAAAAGAAGAAAUAGCAAAGGAAUUAACUAGUGCUCUUGGAAAUAUACGGUUAGCCGAACGAGGGGUUUAUGUUCAGGCAUCAACUUUGGGAGCUCUUGAAGCAUUACUAGACUUUUUGAAGAGCAGUAAAAUACCGUACUCUGGAAUUCGUAUCGGCCCGGUUGUCAAGAAAGAUGUCAUGAAAGCCUCUAUUAUGCUGGAACACGAUAGCCAAUAUGCUACGAUCCUCGCGUUUGACGUGAAAAUCGAAAAGGAUGCGCAGGAACUGGCAGACGCGCAAGGUGUGAAGAUCUUCCAGGCGGACAUUAUUUAUCACUUGUUCGACAAAUUCACCAACUACAGGGAAGAACUGAAGCAACGCAAGCGAGACGAGAACAAGCACAUUGCUGUGUUCCCGUGCAAGCUAAAGAUUCUGCCGCAGUACGUAUUCAACUCGAGGGAUCCGAUCGUGAUGGGCGUGAUGGUCGAGGCUGGAAUCGUCAAAGAAGGAACGCCACUCUGCGUCCCGAGCAAAGACUUUGUUGACUUGGGCAUGGUAACUAGCAUAGAAUACAAUCACAAAUCUGUGGAAUCGGCCAGGAAAGGUCAAGAGGUGUGUAUCAAAAUUGAGCCUGUACCGGGAGAAGCUCCGAAAAUGUUUGGUCGUCACUUUGAAGCGAAAGAUUUUCUCGUCAGCAAGAUAAGCAGACAGAGCAUAGACGCCUGCAAGGAAUACUUUAGAGACGAUUUGCUGAAAACCGAUUGGCAGCUCAUGGUGGAACUGAAAAAACUCUUCCAGAUACUCUAGGAUAUGAUGAGAAUCACGAUAGCGGCAUUAUCCAAGGACCUCUUGCUUUUCCGGCGCCUGUUCGGCAAGAAGUUUGGCUCGCCAACGGGUUCCACGUCGCAAACCCGAAUGUACGUCUCCUGCAUCGUCGUCAGAUCAACAAUUUCGAUCAUCAAGAAUAUUAUAUCGUUAAAAUAUGCAUCGACAGUGUGAACGACAAUGUUGGAAAUUUCCUCCAUUUUGAUUGCGAAUCGACGCUUCUUCCAUCCUUUCAUGCUUCCGCCGAAAGUAUCAGGCGUUUAAGACUUAUGUUAAAGAGCGUGCAAAGACGAAACUUAAACUCGUCCACGUCCUCGCAAAAUCGCAUGCUCGAUUCGCAAAGUCUCGGAGACAAUCGACAGAGGAGGUGCGAUUGGAUUCGGUGAUUGCAUUCGGAGUAUUUACAGAGUACCUCGAAGUACUUUUAUAUCCUGUCGACGAUGAGAAUGAAGAAAAGGUUAGAGCCAGUCGCAUCGGAGAUGAAGCUUCUUGGAAGUGCGCGAUCGCGAAAAGGAGAGAGUCACUCCGGAUGGAAUGUCGUGGGUGGCAACGACGUUGUAGAUACGUGGAAAAGUGGAGAUAUAGAAAGAAGAGAGAAAGAGAGGAGGAGAGGGGAUGAAGAAACACAUAGCUCUAAUGAAUGAAAGAAUCGUGCGAAAACCUCAUCUGUUUUGUAUAUGUAAUCUCUUUGUAUAAGACGAAUAAAAUAUAUACUGGGAA